AUGAUAGGACGCACGAUGGCUACGCCAACAGAAAUGGAGAGAAUAAUCUCACAGGCUAUUGAUCAGGCCAGCGCAGGUCUUCGUGAACUGAGCGUUAAGAUUCACGACAACCCAGAGCUGUGCUUCAAAGAACACAAAGCCCACAACGCAAUCUGCGACUACCUAGAGGCCGCGGGUGUAGCAGUAAUCCGUCAAGCAUACGGCCAGGAGACCUCCUUCGUUGCCGAAUACGGUGACAAAGACGGAGAAACAGUCGACUUCUGCGCAGAGUACGACGCUCUCCCAGAGAUAGGUCACGGAUGCGGCCAUAACCUCAUCGCCGUCUCUUCCAUCGCCUCAUUCCUGGGUGUCGUUGACGUGAUGAAGUAUACCAACGUUCCAGGAAAAGUGCGCCUUCUAGGGACACCCGCUGAAGAGGGCGGCGGCGGUAAGAUCAAACUGAUUGAAGCGGGCGCUCUGAAGAACACAACUGCCUCGUUAAUGAGCCACCCAACACUCCAAUUCCCUCAUAUGCCUGCGGGCUCUGCGGGCGUCGCGUUCGGAUCCUGCUUAGCGGCAACGGGGUUCCUAGCACAUUUCAAAGGGAAACCUGCGCACGCGGCUCAGAUGCCCUGGGCGGGUGUGAAUGCUCUUGAUGCGGCAUCAUUGGCAUACCAGGCUGUUGGUUUGCUUAGACAGCAUAUCAGGCCCACUGAUAGGAUCAAUAUCAUUAUCCCGGAGGGGGGUACUGCUCACAACGUCAUUCCGGAUAAGGCGCAGAUUCGAGUCAAUGUUCGAUCUGAGACGUUGAAGGAGAUGAAUGCUUUGCGGGAGCGCGUUGAGAAUUGCAUGAAAGGAGCGGCGCUAGCUACGGGCUGUGAAGUCGAUAUAGUUUCUGCAAUGGACCCAUACGCGGACAUUCGACCCAACGAGGGCCUAUGUGAAGAAUUUACCCGGUACAUGGGUUCCAAGGGAAUGAAAUACUACUGCGAUCUGCAAAAGAAGGAUAUCGGUGCGUUCAGCACAGAUAUGGGUAAUAUAAGUUACGCCGUCCCCUCCUUCCACGGCCACUACUUCAUCCCCACACCCCCCGGAACAGCAAUGCACACCGAGGCGUUCCGCGAUUCAGCAAAGACAGAAGAAGCCCACAACAUCACCAUGUCAGUAGGAAAGGGCAUGGCUGUAGCCGGACUCAAGGUCCUGACUGACGAGAGUUUCGCGGCCCAAGUGAAGGAUUACUUCGAGAAGGAUAAGAAGUUGCGAUAG